CCCUAAAUCAGUAAGCACCCCAUUUUACUCUCAGCCUCCUCAUCGCUCUCAAUUUUGGUUCCGCUCCGCCGCCCUUCGCCUUCACUUUCUCCUUCCGGCGGCGCUCCCACGUUCCUUCUCCGGCGUUCCACACGACCUUCCUCCGCCGUCUUCUCUGAAAAUGCUGUACCCGUAGCCGUGCUUCCUAGGUUGUGUACUCCCUGUUCUCAUGGCUCUAUCUCUGUUCUCCCUCCUCUCCGCCAUGCCGGCGUCCCAAAUCUUCCCCUGAAUUCCAUUCCCUUUCACCGAGUUGACUGCAGUUUCUGAGUGAGAAAAUUCAUUCAGUGUCCGUCACUAAUGGCCAGAUGGGAUGCAAUCCUAUCUCUUCCUGUACAAAAUCCUCCUACAUUGGAAAUUUCUUCUUCUGACUUAGUAUGGUCAAAAACAGAAGGUUGGCAUGAUAAAUUAGAUAGAGUUGCUCUAAUUCCGUUUGCUAGAGUUGAUGAUUUUGUGAGGGGUGAAUCUAAUAAUAAAGAAUGUCCUACAAGAUUUCAUGUUGAAGCUAGGCGUCGGCGGCCUCCAUCAGCGCUUUUCAAGCCGAAGGUUGAUGGCAUACUAGAGUAUAUUUUGUAUUGGUGUUCCUUUGGUCCUGAUGACCAUAGAAAAGGUGGAAUUGUACGACCAAGUCGUUCUACUUAUGUCCCAAAGAAGAAAAAUGCUGGUCGACCAAAUACUAAGCGAGGUUGCACCUGUCACUUUAUAGUGAAAUGCCUCAUAGCUGAACCUUCAGUUGCCUUGAUCAUAUAUAAUGAUGAUAAGCAUGUGGAUAAAAAGGGUGUGCCAUGCCAUGGUCCACAGGACAAAAAAGCUGUUGGGACACGUGCUAUGUUUGCCCCAUAUAUCUCAGAAGAUCUCCGACUUCGGGUUUUAUCUCUUCUAUAUGUUGGAGUCUCUGUGGAGACCAUCAUGCAGAGGCACAAUGAAUCAGUUGAGAGACAAGGUGGUCCGUCUAACCGUGAUGACCUUUUGACACACCGAUAUGUUCGACGACAAGAGAGGGCAAUCCGUCGUUCUACAUAUGAGCUAGAUGCUGAUGAUGCUGUUAGUAUCAGCAUGUGGGUUGAAAGCCACCAGAAUUGUGUUUUCUUCUAUGAAGAUUUCUCUGAUUCAGAUCCUUUCAUUUUGGGCAUUCAAACUGAGUGGCAAUUGCAACAAAUGAUUAGAUUUGGGAACCGUGGUCUGCUUGCCUCAGAUUCAAGAUUUGGUACAAAUAAAUUAAAGUACCCCAUUCAUAGUCUUCUCGUGUUCAACUCAGACAAGAAGGCCAUUCCAGUAGCUUGGAUAAUAACACCUAGAUUUUCAAGUUUGGAUGCACAUCGAUGGAUGAGGGCCCUUUAUAAUAGAGUUCACACAAAAGAUCCUAAUUGGAAGUUGGCUGGCUUCAUAGUAGAUGAUCCUCUGUAUGAUGUCCUAGCAAUCAGGGAUGUUUUUCAGUGUUCAGUAUUGAUAAGUUUCUGGCGGGUUCGUCAUUUAUGGCAUAAAAACAUGAUGAAGUGUUUGGAAACUGAUAUGCAAAUAAAGAUUUCCAGACGCCUUGGGUGGAUAGUGGAUAAUAUUUGCCGCCUUCAGGGGACCAUGUCACUCUUUGAAGAUUUCAUGGAAGAUUUUAUUGAUGAAUCCAAUUUUAUGGACUAUUUCAAGGCUUCCUGGCAUCCUAGGAUAGGAGCCUGGACCAAUGCGCUUAAAACUCUUCCUCUUGCUAGCCAGGAGUCUUGUGCUGCAAUUGAAUUUUACCACAACCAACUAAAGAUCAGGUUGUUAAAUGAGAAAGACAUUGAUGUUUAUCAGCGUGCUGAUUGGCUGGUUGACAAGUUGGGUACAAAAGUCCAUUCUUAUUUUUGGCUUGAUGAGUUCUCAGAUAAAGAUGAUUUUGCACGGUAUUGGAAAAAUGAAUGGACGAGUGGUUUGACAUCAUGGCGUAAAGCUCUAAAGAUUCCGGAUACCGAUGUCUUAAUCGAAGAUGAAUGUGCUAAGGUUACUGACCCGGCUGAUCCAGAUAAAGCUUAUAUUGUCUGGAACCCUGGCUCAAUGUUGAGCAUUUGUAAUUGUAGUUGGGCACUAGAUGGCAACCUUUGUGAGCACACCUUAAAAGUUCUUAGUAUCUGUCGAAAUAAAGGAUCAAUUCCACCAUCUAUCAGCUUAUCUCAAUAUCACCAGUUGCUUAAUAACAUGCGGCAUUGCCCACCCUUCGAUUCUUUAAUUCGUGAUCACGCAGUGUCAUUGGCAGUUUCAGUUCAGCAGCAGUUAAAUGCCCUACUUGAUAAAGUAAGUUUCCAGACUGCUGUGGAUCCUAACGAGAAACGGAUCAUUAUUGAUAUCCACCAGGAGAGCCCCGGGCUAGUCUCAGCCUCCCAGGAUCAAGACUUAGUUAGUGAGAGACAUGCCAUCAAUGAUAUUUUAUCUGACGAUGGUGAUGGCUGUGAGGAUAGAAAUGAACCUCCUGAAUGUGCAAUGAAUGAUAUUGUUGAUCAGGUUGUAGAUCGUGACAGCGGUAGAAAUGGCAAACCAUUUGAGAUUGCUGGAGAAGACAAUUUACAAGCUGACAUGGAUGUUGACCCAUCAUCAAUUGGUGUUUCCUCUCCCGGAUUGUACUCUGUUCAUGAGACUGUUUCAAGUCAUGAAAUCCCAGAGAAAAAAGAGAUGGGUUUGACUUCCACUACAAGAAAUGAGAUUCCAUCUUCCAAAAAUGGUGCUGUGUCUGAUGAGAUUGAAGAAGAUAUUUUGGGUGAAGGUUGCAAGAAUCAUGUUAUGGAUGUUGAUCCUCCUCCAUGCUUAGAUAUUCCAUCUUCCACAACAGAGCAUCUGAAUCAUUGUGAAACAAUACAAAAUGUUGUCAAUGGUGAUGUUAUGUCUUGCAUGAAAGAUUCUGAUGUGGCUGUUGAUCCACCGGUAGCUGUUGAGCAACUUGCACUUGAUGUGGUUGAAAGUACAGGAAUCAUGAAUGAAUAGAAUACACAGAUUAGUAUAGAUGCCAGAAAAUUUAUCAGUUAAUUGGACUGUGCAUGUCUGAUUCUAAACAAAUUUUUGGUAUAAUGAGGUUAUUUAAGCGCAUGAAGCAAUCAGGGGCACUGAUGAUUCUGACAAAACUUCAUCAGAACAAUUGCUGAAUCGAUGCUGCCUUCGGAUUCUCCCGUCUAAAAGUUAGCAACUGAUAAAUUAUGUGUAUUCAUUUUUUAUGAUAAAAUAACGAAAACUUUGUGCUGAUUGGCUGAGCUAGUGUACCUGAAAUCCAUUGUAAAUAUAGGGCCUCAUUGAUUAAGAAUAUCGAUUUAUUCUUUAAUAGUAAUAACCAAUUUUGCACU